AUGUCGCUUCCUGUCGAGAAACCAGAUUUUCAGGACUCUGGAAAUUUGGUCUACCUCAUAAUUCUACUGCAUGGAGUCGGUACGCUAAUGCCAUGGAAUAUGUUCAUUACAAUUGCUCCUGAUUACUACACUAACUACAAAAUGAAAACAUUCGACGAAAACGGUACUGCUCACGCUACCGAAUACUCGGCAAACUUCCUCAACUAUCUCGCCAUCGCCUCUCAAUUUCCUAACCUUCUUCUCAAUUUUAUUAAUAUCUUCGUAACUGUGAAGGGCGACUUAACAAAACGGAUUUCGCUUUCUCUGUUGAUCGUUGGUGCCAUGAUUAUCUUCACGAUGAGCUUCGUCUACGUUGACACAUGGUCAUGGAUGGGCGGCUUUUUUGUUAUCACUCUUCUUUCUAUAGUUCUUCUCAAUGGAGCUAAUGGAAUUUACCAGAACAGCAUAUUUGGUCUUGCAUCAGAUUUCCCCUUCAAAUUUACUAACGCUGUGAUUAUUGGCAACAAUCUUUGUGGAACUUUCGUUACCGUAGUCAGCAUCAUCACUGCUUUGGUGUCGAAGAAUACUGCAAAUGCAGCUUUCGCUUACUUUGGGAUCUCAUUGUUUACCCUUGCCAUCUGUUUCGCCUCAUUCUUCGUCGUUAUCAAUACCCAAUACAUGAUAGCACAUUUACGGCGCAAAUAUAAACAUAAGUUUUGUACGUCUAAAAGUAAACUCGGACAUCUGUUUAAGCCGGGACCGGAGAAGCUUUGGAUGGCAGUGUAUCCACGUUUGCUGUUCAUACCGUUCUUUGCUUUUUGCAAUUACAGACCACUCACCAGGUAUAACUGUUUCAUCUCCUUCUAAAC